AUGGUUCAGUCACCUAUGCUCUCCUGCCCGUUGAAGCAGACCAACGAGAUCGAUUGGAUCCAGCCCCUCAAGGAUUACAUCCGGCAGACCUAUGGCGAGGACCCCGAGCGCUACAGCCAAGAAUGUGCGACACUCAACCGCCUUCGACAGGAUAUGAGAGGCGCUGGUAAGGAUAGCGCCACCGGUCGUGACUUGCUUUAUCGAUACUACGGCCAGCUGGAGCUGUUGGACCUCCGCUUCCCCGUCGAUGAGAAUCACAUCAAGAUCUCCUUUACAUGGUACGAUGCAUUCACUCACAAGCCGACCUCCCAAUACUCCUUAGCCUACGAGAAAGCUUCCAUCAUCUUCAACAUCUCCGCCGUCCUGUCCUGCCAUGCCGCAAACCAGAAUCGGGCCGAGGAUGUUGGUGUCAAGACGGCGUACCACUCAUUCCAGGCAUCCGCGGGGAUGUUCACAUACAUCAAUGAGAACUUUUUGCAUGCGCCCUCGACCGAUUUAAACCGAGACACCGUCAAGACCUUGAUUCAUAUCACUCUCGCCCAAGCCCAGGAGGUGUUUUUGGAGAAGCAAAUACAAGAUAAGAAGAAGCCGGGAUUCCUUGCGAAACUGGCAGGCCAAGCCGCCUACCUCUAUUCUCAAGCCGCGGAGACAAUGCAAGACUUCGUGACUAAGAACGUCUUCGACAAGGUAUGGUCGAUCAUGGUACAGGCCAAGACCGCACAUAUGGGGUCCACCGCAUCCUACUUCCAGGCGAUUGCAGACAGCGAAGGUAACUCGCAUGGUGUAGCUGUUGCUCGACUGCAAAUGGCAGAGAAGCAGGCUACUACAGCACUCACCUGGGCCAAGUCCUUCCCAUCCUCGGCUUCUGCCACCUCGAACCUGCCGGUAGAGGCCGGAGCCAACUUGGUGGACCUUGUCAAGCACAAUCUCGCAAAUGUGCAAGCCAUGCUGGCUACGAUCGUCAAAGACAAUGAUUUCAUUUACCACCAACCCGUCCCUAACGAGGCUGGCUUGUCUGCAGUUCCCAAGUUGGCCGCGGCCAAAGCAAUCCCUGUUAGCGAGCUUUAUCAGGGACAAGAUAUCCAACGCAUCAUUGGACCGGAUAUUUUCCAGAAACUCGUUCCUAUUUCCGUCACGGAGACCGCCAGUCUCUAUGACGAGGAGAAGGCUAAGUUGAUUCGCGCUGAAACUGAGAAAGUUGACACGGCCGAUGGUGAGAUGGCUGCUAGCCUGGAUUAUCUGAAGCUCCCAGGGAGUCUCAACAUUCUGAAGGGUGGCAUGGAUCAAGAAAUGACUGUUGAUGAAGAGUUCCGCCGCUGGUGCUCAGAACUCGCAGGCCACAAGCCAUUCCACAAGGCCCUCGACGAGCUCCAGGAGCGCAAGAAUGAUGUCCAGACACAAUUGGACCACUGCUCCAAACAGUUGGAUUUGGAGGAGAGCGUGUGCGAGAAAAUGCGCUCCAAGUACGGCGCAGACUGGAGCCAGCAGCCUAGCAGCCGCUUAAACACAACACUCCGUGGAGAUGUUCGCACAUACAGAGACACCAUCAGCGAGGCCAGUGCGAGUGAUACCCAACUGUCUGCCACGUUCCGACAAUACGAAGGGGACUUUGACCAGAUGCGAUCGGCCGGAGAGACGGACGAGGCUGAUGUGCUCUAUCAGAAAGCAAUGAUCAAGGCUGGAACUAAGCAUAGCAAGGGCAAGAAUGGUGUGGCUAGUCCGGCGGAAGGUAGUCUUUUGGACGAUGUGUAUGAUGAGGGCAGUGCGUCUGUCUCGGAACAGAUCGCAAAGGUGGAAGGAAUCUUGCACAAGCUGAAUCUCGUCAAGCAAGAUCGGGCCACAACUUUAAAAGAUCUGAAGGAGAAGGUCCGCAAUGACGACAUAUCGAACGUUCUGAUAUUGAAUAAGAAGUCUAUCGCCGGCCAAGAAAGCCAACUCUUUGAGACCGAACUUGAAAAGUUCCGGCCACAUCAAACUCGCCUCAUGCAAGCGAAUCACAGACAGUCCUCCUUGAUGAAGGAGCUCACGAAAACAUACGCAGCCCUGCUUCAAGACAAGCGAGUCCAGUCUGAACAGUCCAAAUAUGAAUCUGUCUCGAAACAGAGAAACUCUGUUAUGGCUCGAUAUAAGAAGGUGUAUGAGGCAUUCAACGGUCUCUCUUCUGGUAUUCUGCAAGCUCGCACAUUCUACCAAGAUAUGGGUGAGAAUGUGGAGAGUCUGCGGAAAAAUGUUGAGACUUUCAUUAGCAAUCGCCGGUCUGAGGGUGCACAGCUUUUGAGCCAGAUCGAGCGUGACAAGGCUAGCGGCGUCUCUGAGCAGGAGGAUCGUGAGCGGGAGAAGCUCCGCCUGUUGAUGGAGCGUCUCUCUACGGAACCUAAAGGGCCAUCAAUCUCACCAUCCACCGGUUCUGCGGUUGCCCCUCCCUCCAAGGUCAAAUCUCCGCCACCUCCUGUUCAAACCCCAUCUUAUUCAAUGACGGGGCCAUCGCCACAGAUGUCACCCCGCUACCCGCCUAGCAUGCCAGGCGCACCGCAACAAGCCGUCCCUCUCUCCCACUCCCCAGCACCUUAUGGUCAGUACAUGGGUAGCAACCCGGGAUACGUACCUGGUCAGCCCUUCCAGCAAGGUGCUGCUGCUCCACUUUCCGAGGGGUACAAUCCCAUGGCGUACCCAUACCAGACUCCUGUUUCCCCGCCCCCAAACCAGCAAUUCUUCUCCCAAACACCUACGGUAUACAGCGGCUACUCAAGUGCUAGCCCGGCACCCACCGCUGCUGCCGUGACCCCGAACUAUAUGGCUCCGCAGGGAUACAUCCCUCCCCCCACCUCCACCGCGCCCGCAACAAACCAACUACCCACCCUCUGCCGGCGGGGCGUACCCCUCUGGACCCGGCGGAUAUGCGCAGGCCAGGCCUUACGCACACCACAAGGCCCCUUCUCAGUCUCAGCCGCAACAGCCGCCAAACGCUAA